AUGGCGGAUACCAUGCAGUCACUGCAUCAAUGGUUUCGAGUCCAGUGGAAUGUAAUUUACGGGGUGGCGGAAUCAUCGCAACGACCGGCCGGCAUGUCUAUCAAGCGCUACCUCAAACUGUGCUUGGAAUUCUGCCAGAAUCUCGAAACACACCACCAGAUUGAAGAGAUUCGCGUCUUCCCAUUCCUUGCAAAGCGCAUGCCUGCCUUUGCCAACCAGGAUCUAUUGAUUGCGCAGCAUAAGGUAAUCCACAAGGGCCUUGAAAAACUCCAGGUCCAUGUUCAGAUCUGCCUCCGAGGCGAUUCCGACUUACGGUGGGAUGAAAUGAAGGUGAUUCUGGAUUCGUUCGGACCGGUAUUAUGGCAGCAUCUGGACGAGGAGGUCCGGGAAUUGGGCGCAGAGCAGACUCGGAAAUACUGGUCUGCAGAGGAAAUGACUAGAAUGCCAAUGUAAAUAAACCACUCCCAAGCAUUGAUUAUGUAUACACAUUCGAUUUUCGUUCCAAUUAUGAGGAGUGGGCAUUAAGAAGAGCCUCCCUUGAAUGGAUACAUAAGUCUGGUGACAUUAUCACCAAGUG